AUGCACUAUUAUGGGGAGCGGUAUAAACACCUGUACCUGCCGGGAUCGGGCUAUAUCGCUGAAAGCAUCCAGCAGUGCACACCCAAGUCCGAUGCGUGCAGUAACACAUGCCACCCAGUGAGCGUGAUCAAGAGCCCGAUGCCGAGAUGGCAAAGCUACACGCAACCUUUCACUUACGUGUGCCCACAGCCAAGUGUGACCCAGACACCUCUGCUGUCUUGUCAGCCCUAUGUCCAGCAGUAUGUCCUGCUGUACCCUGAGCCUUGUGAGACCACUCGCCUUCUGCCCUGCAGGAAGCCCAGCCUGAAGCUGAGCACAACGCAGAGUUUCCAGCCCUGUGAGACCAGCCACCCUGAGAAAAAGCGCAUGGCCAAGAGCCUCCCACCAUGCGCACCCAGGUGCCCGGAGCCAGGCAAACUCAAGUACCCACCAUGUGGGAUCAAGUACUCGUCCUCGUGCAAGGACGAAUGCAGGACACAGAAGAUAUCCAAAUGCUCCUCGCAGCGGUACGGCACGGAGCUCCGGUCCCUGCAGGGGAUGACCAGCAGCUAUUCCCCGCCGCUGCGCGGGGUCACCGAGUGCCCCCCGCAGCAGUGCGUAACGCAGUCUUUCCUGCAGGAGUACGUGAGCGGGUUCCCCCCGCAGAGGUGCAUGAAGGGUUACCCGACGCAGGAGUGCAUCACCACCUACUCCUCGCAGCAGUGUGCAACCAAGUGCCUGCCGCAGCCACGCGUGCCCAAGUGCCCCCCCGGGCAGGCAAUAAAGGAGUGCUCCUCGCAGCCACGUGCAGCCAAAUGCUUGCUGCCGCAGGAGGGAGCCAAGCACAAGAGCUCAUCGACACAGCACCUAAGCAAGUCCAAGUGCCUCUACCCACGGGCCACCCAGCACUCGACGCACCAUCACGUGGUGAAACGUUCGAGCCACUCCAAGAAGAGUCGCUGUGCUUCAAAAUGGCUGUGCUAA